GGAUUAAAAUAAAGCUACAAUCUUUUAUACCUCACUCACCUUCACUUAACACUUUUUUUUUGCAUGGCCAUAAACACAAGUUUGUGCUCUUCACCAAACCACUCUCCAAACCUUCCAACACUCUCACUCUCCACUAUUCCUCCUUCCAAAUUUGGCCUCAAUUUAGUCUCAAAUGAGGCAUUGGUAGUAGCAGCCGCCGCCGAGGCCGUGACGCUGGCUCGAGCGGCGGCUAAGGCGGCUAGAGAGGCUGUGGAUGAGGUGGGUGGUGGUGGUGGCGGCGAUAUGGUUUGGAGUUGGAGAGGGGAUGAGAAUGAGAGUAGUAAUGAGUUGGUUAUGUGGAGAAAGAGGAAUAUUAGAGGUAAAAGGUUGAAAUUUUUGGAUGAUGUGAAAGAGGAAAAGAGUGUUGGAAAUUUGAAAAUCUCAACUGGGUUUUUGAGUUCAAGAGAAGAGGCAGACUAUUGUUUCAUCCUCAAGGAGGGAGCAAAGCUAGAAGUAGCUAGACAAAGACUGAAAAAUGGUAAAGAACAUGAACCAACCUCAAAAGAGUUGGCCAAGGCUAUGAAGAUGGAGAUGAGGAGCAUAGAUAAGGUAUUAUGCAAAGAAAGAGAGUCACAAGAGAAGAUCACAAGGAGUUACAAGAGACUAGUUUCUUCAAUUGCUUCUGGUUACCAAGACAAAGGAUUAACCUUUCAAGACCUUGUUCAGGAGGGUAGCAUUGGACUUCUUAGAGGAGCAUAUAAAUUUGAUCCACAUAGAGGGUACAAGUUAUCAACUUAUGUCUACUGGUGGAUUAGACAAGCUAUCAUUAAAGCCAUAGAAAAAAAAUCUAGAAUGGUCAAAUUACCGGGCAACAAGUGUGCUAUGAUAGCAAAAAUCACAGAAGCCAACAAUGUCUUAAACAGAAGACUAUUGCGUUUACCAACUUAUGAAGAAGUUGCUGAAGAACUCAAAGAAAAUGUCUCAACAGUGAGGCUAGUUUCACAAAGAAACCGCCCUCCGAUUUCAUUGGAUUGCGCGGUGACAGACCGAGGUUGUAUGACAUUGCAGGAGAUCAUACCAGGACCAGACGAAACAAUGCCUGAAAAGAUGCUGAAGAGGGAGCUUUUGAAGCAAGAAAUGGAGAAGCUUUUGAGGACAGUGUUGAGUGAGAGAGAAGCUCAUGUGGUGAGGCUGCAUUUUGGGCUGAAUGGUGAGUAUCCCAAGUCAUUUGGGGAGAUUGGGAGAGUGUUGAAACUUUCGAGAGAAAGAGCUCGGCAGAUCAAUGGCAUUGCCUUUACUAAAUUACGAAAAUCAAGCCUUGUUGACAACCUGAGAUUGUAUGUUAAUAUUUGAACAAUUGGUUAGAAAAAAAUAAAAGGAAAAAGAGUACAUAGAAAAUUUGUAAACAAAAGAAAGGAAACUGUUUUUGAAUAAUAAUUGUUUUCAGAUUCAAUUCAA